AUGCUGAUCAACAAAGGUGUUUACAACUUUUACCUAAAUCUGACCAACAUCACGGAUGAUGACUCUCUUUCGGCGUCAUUUCCGGCUGUCUGCAACGAGACGUUUGUGGGUGAGAUCCGGCACUAUCUGACGCCGCUCGUAGAGUCCCACUUCCUGUUGGCGCUCGUCUACUGCGUUCUCGUCGGCACGGCCCUCUGCGUCGGCACCGUCGGUAACGUCAUCAUCAUGGUCGUGAGCAUGACGUCGCGCGCCAUGAACCGCGUCGGUCGAGACUUUGUCAUGAAUCUGGCGCUGGCAGACCUUUGUGUAGCGCUGGUUUCCGACCCAAUGUGCAUCCUUGGCGUGCUGAAGGGUGAGCGGUGGCUCCAGAGCCGCUGGGUGCUGUGCGAGCUGGUCGCGUCCAUGUGCUUGACAGCCUGCUUCUGUGCGUUUUUCAGCCUCACCCUCCUCGCCUUCAACCGCUACGUGUUCGUCUGCAAGAACAGGCCUGUGUGCAUCGUGAUGUGCGCAUGCGCGUGGGUUCUGGCCUUCCUGUUUGAGUUCCCGAACUUUGUGGGCUGGGGAGACCACUACUUCGACCAAAAGAACCAGCAGUGCAUCUGGGACCGCACUGCCAGCUUCUCGUACACGCUGAUGGUGGCUGCAGGGCUUAUUGGCUCCCCGCUGCUGUUCAUGGGCGUCUGCUUCAUGCUGAUCUUCUACAAUAUAUACCGCAGCAAGAUGGACGUGUUCACUCUCAACGUGGACGAUCCGCUCAGGAUGCAGAAGGUCUGGGUUGAGACGCUAAGGUCCUCCAAGACGCUGCUUGUCGUCUUCAUUGCCUUUGUCGUCUGCUGGACGCCUUACGCAAUCGUGCCGGCGCUUGACGUUGAGAACGCGUUCCCCAUGGAGCUGCACUUGUUCAUCACCCUUCUGGCACACCUGCACUCCAGCCUUAACUUCAUCAUCUACAUGUUCUUUAACAAAACUUUUCGGCGCACAGUGAUGAUCAUGCUACGCUGCCGACUGUCCCAUCAAUCGUCUAGGAGUUCCAUAGACACGUCGGAAACCAGCCCCACCGGAAAGUCGGGCUCCAAGUUCUCAUUCAACCUGGUGCUCAACCAAAACAACGCAUACACGAUCAAGUCAUCAGAGAAGGAACGGACCAUGGCGCUGCGUCAGAGCAUGAUUAACAAAAUAUCGAGGACGGAUUCUUCAAGAUUUUAG